UGAUGACGCUAGGUGUGUCUAAAUCUGUGCGCUGCAACGUUAGCUGUUUGGGCAUGGUAUACUUCAACCAUAGACUGAUUUCACAACAUAAAUAAGGAGAUGUCAUCUUUGUGUGGCACCAGCAACGGUUUCCAAGAUGAAGGUCAAGAGGCCACAGAGAAACAGGAGAAGGAGCAUCCUCGCGUGCUCAUCCCGGAGUUAUGCCGACUCUUCUACCAGCUGGGAUGGGUGACAGGGACGGGCGGAGGGAUCAGUCUGAGGCGAGGAGAGCAGAUCUACAUUGCACCGUCAGGCGUCCAGAAAGAGAGGAUACAGCCAGAUGACAUGUUCGUGUGUGACGUGGAGGAGAGGGACAUCAGCUGUCCACCUGCCUGGAAGAAGUUAAAGAAGAGCCAGUGUACACCGCUUUUCAUGAAUGCCUAUACCAUGAGAGGGGCACAGGCAGUUAUACACACCCACUCCAAGGCUGCUGUCAUGGCAACACUGCUGUAUCCUGGAAAAGAGUUCAGGAUAACACACCAGGAGAUGAUCAAGGGGAUUCGUAAGGGCACCUCAGGCACCAACUAUCGGUAUGACGACACCCUGGUUGUGCCUAUCAUUGAAAAUACACCAGAAGAGAAGGACUUGAAAGACCGAAUGGCUCGGGCGAUGGAGGAAUACCCAGAUUCAUGUGCGGUCCUCGUCCGCCGGCAUGGUGUCUACGUCUGGGGGGAGUCGUGGGAAAAAGCCAAGACCAUGUGUGAAUGCUACGACUACCUGUUCGACAUCGCCGUCCAGAUGAAGCAGUGUGGACUGGACCCUUCAGCCCUCCCAAUGGAAGAGAAGGGAAUAGUUUGACUCUCACUGGCGCUUUUUAAAGAGUAAUUUGUUGCAGAAAGGUCAGUGGAGUUCAAUCAGGAGAGCAGAUUGUAAUCAUUUGCCUUUCACGCCGGCCUGCUUCAGAUUUGCUAAAAUUUGAUGGUAAGGGCAGAGUCAGGAUUGAAGGAGAGUGAAUGCCUGUGAUCCGGAAGCGCCUGGAGGUACGCUGCAAAGCACUGUGGGGCAACUCAUGAGUGAGCAGCUGUCAGAUCGUGGUCCUCGGGUUCAACAGCUUUCCUAUUCAAGUUUGACUGCACAGGAAUCAGGGUUUGGUGUGCGUGUGUCAGGCAUGAACAUACUGUGCAUUUCAACUGGAAUGGUGAUAGCUACCUUUGCUGCAAUCAGUAAAAACAGAUGGGAUGUAAACCGUGAAUCACAGGCAUUAUUUGAAAUUAUUUUUUAGGUUUUCCCUUUGAAUAAAGAUGCAAUACCAGAAACAAAGAUUUAAAAUGUGAACCAGAAACCAGUUUUCCAUCCUGAUGGUCAUUUCAUUCUCUUACAUUUUUAAUACAGAAUGAUGCCUGAUGUUUUGUAAAAGCUUUUAAUCAUUUCAGAUUGGAGCUAUAUUUCAGCCUCGGACAACAAAUACACAAACUUGUGAUAAUAAUAAUGUUUGCGGUCAUCUUGUCAAACACCUUUUCACUGAAAAUAAACCCGUGCUGUGUGAAAGGACACUUCCUGUGUCGGUGGACA